GGGGCGAGUGGACCAUUCGCUUCCGGCACCGAGGAUCCUGGGUCGGGGUCGUAGAGCGGCGAUCCCAGCGGCUACGCUACGUAGACUUUCCCGUGGUUUGUUGGCCCAGUCCCAGGUGGUCGAGGAGAUCCGCGCGGGCGGCGGGAAGCUCCGACGCGUGGCAACUGGCGCACAGGCCCCGGCGCCCGCCGGCUGCGCCAUGGUCCAGCUCAUUUUUGUGGAAACCCUGUGAGGUAAAUGACACUAAGUUUAUAGAUGAGGCAGCAGAGUUGGGACAUGGUACAGAGCCAGUAAAUGACAGGCCUGUGCUGAGUGGAUUGGGGGAUGAGGAAGAAGUCAUUUCUGGCUGGAGUGCGUAAGAGAAAUUUCACAGAGAAAAUGGGAUCUAAGCCAGAAUUGAUUGGAACUACUCUCCUCUGCAAGGCCUACCGUGGAGGUCACUUAACCAUCCGCCUUUCCCUGGGUGGCUGUACCAACCGGCCUUUCUUCCGCAUCGUGGCUGCUCACAACAAAUGUCCCAGGGAUGGCCGUUUCGUGGAGCAGCUGGGCUCCUAUGAUCCAAUGCCCAACAGUCAUGGAGAGAAACUCGUUGCUCUCAACCUGGAUCGGAUCCGGCAUUGGAUUGGCUGUGGGGCUCACCUCUCUAAGCCUGUGGAAAAGCUUCUAGGUCUUUCUGGCUUUUUCCCUCUGCAUCCCAUGGUGAUCACAAAUGCUGAGAGGCUGCGACGGAAACGUGCACACGAAGUCCUUUUAGCCGCCCAGAAAACAGAUUCAGAGGCUACAGAAACAGAUGCAAGCUGACUUCAAUGAGCAUAGCAGUGGGAACAAGGUUAAAAAGUCCCCUUAAAACACGUGGUGCAGAGCUCUUAGUUUUAUUAUAUUUGGAGGUCAAUAAAUGGAAUUUUCUGUCA